CUAGGAGCCAUCUCCUGCCAACAUGUCGCAUGGGCAAGCAGCCAUAAAAUUGCCGCCUUCGCAAGCCUUUUCUCCACCAGAAAAGUUCGAGCUGAGAAGGUGCGCCAGCUUGCAGGAAUUGCCGAUGCCACAAUUGCAGGGGAGGCCACUUAAGCACCGAUAUGCGGCAUUGCAUGCAUCAGCAUUGCAGAGAACUGACGUCUGCAGGUGUUCGUUUCCAGCAGCGUUCAGCAACUCCCGCAGAAAGCAUCUUCAGGGAUCCCUCUUUAGCUUGAUAGGAAGAAAGAUCGAUUCUGCAUCACUUGAAUCUCACAUAAAGAAAAACGAAUCUGCUCAGGCACCGCGAACGGGCUCUUUAACAAUGCGUGCGAGGACUGGUAGCGAGGACGGAGCAGGCAAGCCAGCCGCUUCGUCGACCAGCCCGACAGACUUCUCCUCAUACCUAGUUGAUGCUGGCAUCAAGGCGGGGUCAGCACUGUUUGGGAAGGGCCUCCCUCCAGGCCUGCUCAUCCAAACGGCGGAAGCGGCAUGGCGGGGCACUUGGAAGAUCAUGAUGUCGCAGCUUGCCCCAAGUAAUGAUGAUGGAUCAUACAAGCGACCGGAGAGCGCGUUCCGGAACAGGAUAGAAAAGGGUGGCAGGUUCCCCCCUGAAAAGGGACGGUACCAUUUGUACGCUGCUCUGACGUGUCCCUGGGCCCACCGGACGUUGAUCGUACACGCUAUCAAGGGUUUAGAUGCGGUGGUCCCCUUCUCCAUUGCGGUGCCUGGCUCCUCGGGCCUAUGGGAAUUUGCCUCCGAUAGCAGCAAAAGUGGCGGCGCCACUCUCCAGACAACGAUUGAUCGAGGGGCGGGUAAAAAGACCCUCAAGGAGGUGUACAAGUCGCAGACCGGGGGCUAUGACGGCCGUUCAACUGUGCCAAUGCUUUGGGACACGAAAACCAAAACGGUGGUAAACAACGAGAGUGCGGACAUCAUAGAAAUUUUGAACGAGGCAUUUAACGACUGGGCAGCGCACCCUGACGUCGACCUCGCCCCGAAACACGUGGCCGCUGACAUCAGCAGAUGGAACGACCUGAUUUACGACACUGUAAAUAACGGCGUGUACAAGUGCGGGUUUGCCACCAGCCAAGGAGCAUAUGACAUCGCGGUCGCUGCCCUUUUCGACACUCUAGACGCCAUAGACGCCCAUCUCCAGAGGAGUCGUUACUUGUGUGGGGACCAGCUGACGCUUGCUGACGUCCGGCUCUUCACCACCAUCCUGCGGUUCGAUCCUGUAUAUUACGUACAUUUCAAGUGCUCGCGCCAGCGGAUAUCAGAGUACAAGUACCUGUACCCCUACUUGCGGGACAUGUACCAGCAUCCGGGAGUUGCGGCGACUUGCGACCUAGAUUCUAUUUGCCGACAGUACUACUACUCACUCUUUCCGCUGAACCCCGGGGGGCUCGUUCCGGUGGUGCCACGUGGCUCAGAUCCGGUCGGUCUCCUUCAGCCCCACUCCCGCGGGAAGCUCUUAUCUUCCCCAGUCUUACAGAGUGCUUAGGCAUCCGGCUGGAUGACAAUUGGAAGAGGGCUAUUAGCGACUUGGCGUAUGCACGUAUUUCGCUGUCUUGAGUACUCCUAAUGAAGGGAGUACUUAUAGCCUUCGAACGAAGUUCACAUGUCCAUCGCUAGGGUGAGAAUCCUACCAUGGCAAUUGCAAGAUGUGCCUUUGGCUUGCGGCGGCG